GGUUCUCCGUGAGAUAUCGCAAAGCGCAGCUGACGCGUUUCUCUCCAAAGCACGUCAACAGCCGUGAGAGUUCACCGGUGCAACCUGAGGGCAUAUCGGUACUACAAAAAGCGCCUGGUCUUUCUCGGUGAACGCAUUGGAUACUCACAGUCGCCAUGAAGGUCCUCCUGGUUUUUUUCCUCGUUGGAACUGUCGCCGCACAAUGGAAUGAAAUAUGCAAGCUUUCUCCGGAUAAGGGAGUGUGCCGUGCACGAAUUUCUCGUUUUUACUUCAACCAGUCGUCGGGAGAAUGCAUGCCCUUCAUCUAUGGCGGCUGCAUGGGCAACCUCAACAACUUCUGGACAAUCGAAGAUUGUGAGGCGGCGUGCAAAAAUGCGGUGCAAGAUGAACCCCCGGAGAACGAAGACGGGUCCUCGUACUUCGACACUGCGUGCAAGCCCACUCCGGAGAGAGGAAUCUGCAAAGGGUUUCUCGAUCGCUGGUUCUUCAACGUGUCCAGUGGAGCCUGCGAGACCUUUCUUUAUAGCGGCUGUGGUGGGAAUCUCAACGAAUACGAAAGCCAGUGGGAGUGCGAAUUCGCGUGCAUGGGUUGAGCAGUUCAGAAGAUUUCACUAUCGAAGAAAGUGACGGACAAGUUUCAUCAAAGAAAACGCUUUUUGCAUAAUUACUCCUGUGUUACUAACGCUUCUGGUUCAGUGGGGCCGCUAAUUUGUUUUAUUAGGUAUUGCAGCAUUAAAAAAGAUUGUCGUCCCUUGUGUGAUUUAAAUGUAAUAAUAUUGCCCAUGGAAAGUUUACACACGCGCAAAAUUACCGCCGUCACUGCUGACCUUCUCUUGUCUUAUCAAGAUACCAAGCCACUGAAGAGGGCGUUCAAAAGCCUUUACGAAUGUCAAUGACGGGGAAAAGGAAAGAAUAGAAUCUAAAAUGGCAAGAGCCUAUUUCGCUGUGGUUAUGUUAAAGUGCAGGAAAAGGAAGAAUGAAAAACAAAACAAAAAACUUUCAGGUCCGUUAUGGCGGUGCUCGUGCACAGCUGCUGUUAUGCGUCCAUAUGAAACUAUGUUCCAGGCAUUCUUCAAAUAAGCAAAUGUUUAUAUAAAUCUUGUUGAAUAUUC